CACUUCACGACACAGCAAUCAGCAUUUGCCAAUGGUCUUUGUAUCCGGCUAAUAAAUAAAUAAAAAAAAAAUUCAGCAUUCAGCAUUGAACAAUUCAUGUCCUAGUUCCUUUUUCCUACUUAUUGACUUGUAGUUUGUACCAACUACCAAAAAAAGAUUUAAUUAACCUGUUUGGGAACAUGAAGUGUUUGAAAGUAUGGCUAUGUCAAUAAACAUUUAAUAUAUCAAAAUUACGCCCAGGAUUUAGUAUUAAAUAUUAUGUUGUUGAUGUAGAGGUUUGUGUAGUUUCACUUCGAUAUUCAAUUACAAACAUGCAGCGUUAUGUGAAAAAUAUUCCUUUUUAUAUUAGCUUCUUCAUUAAUAGUAACGUUAUUUUAUAAAUACUAUAUUCAAAGCACCAGUUAUCAUAAUGGCUAGUGAGAAACAUAAAGAAUUAGCUCAAUAUAUAAAAGAGGUGCAUGCUAACUUGAGAAAAAGUGCAGCUAAAGUCGGGCCAAACAAUGCUUGGAUGUUGCAUACUAAAAACGAAGAGGUAUUAUUGACAUAUGCUAAUUAUAUGCAGGAGCUUGCUACAACAUAUUGGGAAGAAAACUCGGCAAAUGAAUCUAGUUUAGCAUCCUCACGAAUUGAAUGGUCAGUCAAGCUCUGCACUUAUUAUUUUGUGAACAAAGAAUAUAUUAAAUAUCGCGAGCGAGAUAUAGCAAUCAGCAAAAAACUUGACCUAACAUUAAACUUUGUUGAUUUGUUUCAAGAUCCUCUAGUGCUCUUGGAUGUUGGAAGCUGCUAUAACCCAUUUAGGGCUUAUAAGUUAUUUCAUGUCUUAGCUGUAGACUUAUGUCCUGCAAAUGACUAUGUUCAAAAAUGUGAUAUUUUGCAAGUUAAUAUAGCAAAUGAAACAAUUGUACAUGAUAAUACUGUUAUGCAGUUAAAAAAGGAGUCCUUUCAUAUAAUAACAUUUUGCUUUCUUUUGGAAUACAUCCCUAGUUCAGAAUUACGAAUAAAGGCUUGUGAAAAUGCCUAUAAAUUACUUAAACCAGAAGGAAUCCUCAUAAUAAAUACACCAGAUUCUAAGCAUGUAGGUGCUAAUAGUAAAUUAAUGAAAUGUUGGCAAUACACAUUAGCAUGCCUAGGUUUUACUAGAAUUAAAUAUGAAAAAUUAACACACAUGCAUUGUAUGGGAUUUAGAAAAGCACUACACAAAGAUGUAGCUGUCAGAUGGGCUACUAUACAUAGGAAAGCAGAUACAGAGUUUGCAAUGAACAUACCUCAAGAUUAUAUAAAAAGAGAACAAAAGUCUUGGCAGUCAGCAGAUUUAAAAUUAUGUUCAGAAGAUUUUAAAGAUUUACCUUUUUAUGAUUUAUGAAUUUUAUUAUCUAAAUUAAAGAUUUACAUUUCGA